AUGGCAGAAGUACAACAAGCACCUGCUUCCGCUGCUAUCAACGAGCCCUCGUCGGCAACACAGACGAAAUCUGGGGGUCGAUCGGUUACUACCGGCGCAGUUAAAAAAGAAAGACAUGUUCUGACGUAUAGAGAAUCAUUCUCACAAUGGUUGAAAGCUCCAUCACACGAAGAAGCAGAGAGAAACGUACUUAGUUUAUUGGAUUUUUUCCCCGAGUCAGAUGGAAAACGAGUUGCUAAAGUCAAUAAAGUGGAUAUUGGCAAUAAGCUACAUAUUAAUGAGUUUGAAAUCGUCAACGUGGAGAAACCAGACGAUGUGACAGAAGCAGGUUCUGAAUAUUCAAAGAACCUCGUUGUUCUGCAUGGAUACGGUGCUGGUUUGGCAUUGUUUUAUAGAAAUUUCGCAGAAUGGAGUUCUAUAAAAGGCUCACGAACAAUGGCGCUUGAUUUGCUGGGAUUCGGCAGAUCUUCGCGACCAAAGUUUUCAAUUGCAACUAAAGAUGUCAGUGCGCGCGACGAAAAUGGCCGGUUUAAGGUUGUUGUUGAGACCGAGAACUGGUUUAUUGACGCUCUAGAGAAAUGGCGAAUCGCCAAAAACCUCGAUAAGUUUACACUCAUGGGUCAUUCGAUGGGUGGAUAUCUCGCUGCUGCGUAUGCAUUCAAAUAUCCAUCGCGUGUUGAACGUCUAAUCAUGGUCUCGCCAGCUGGCGUUGAGCGUGGAUAUACACCAGAACUCGAUAAUGUGCGACUGUUUGGCGGCAACUCGACUGACUCUCUACCAAAACAAUCUGCUAAAAACAAGCCCUCAUCCAGUAGACAGAGUAGCGACGCCCCCCAUAUCGACGAAGAAGUAUCUGUGUCUCAGUCAGAUAUCACACAUCACCAUCAUAAUGAACUACACCCCUCUGAUUCACAUUCAUCUCUCGUCAACGAAGCAUCUACUAGUAACAGGAAACUUCCCAACUGGUUUAUGUAUCUCUGGAACCGUAACAUCAGUCCGUUUGUGCUUUUAAGAAGUGCUGCUAUAUUUGCUCCUCGAAUGACGUCCAACUGGACCAGUAGACGUUUCAGCGAUGUUUCAGAAAAAGAGAGAGAUAUCAUGCAUAUGUACGCAUAUAAGACAUUUACAGCACCUGGAUCUGGAGAAUACGGACUCACAAGACUGUUGGCAGCCGGAGCUGUAGCUCGAGAACCGCUGGUAGACAGGGUAGUUAAGGGUCUGAAAUGCCCUUCUGUGUGGAUAUAUGGCGAAAACGAUUGGAUGAAUGUUCAUGCUGGCGAAGAAGCGGUGCUCCGACUGAAUAAACUGGGCACUUCUUCAGCUGCCAACGCCAAAUCCCAUGUAAUUGACUACGCUGGUCACCAUGUGUAUCUCGACAACCCCUCUGAUUUUGACCGAGUUGUUGUUGAUUUCCUCAAAACUACAAACCAUUAA